AGGAAGGUGGUGCUCCACAAGGGCUCCACAGGCUUGGGCUUCAACAUCGUCGGCGGAGAAGACGGAGAGGGCAUCUUUGUCUCCUUCAUCCUGGCAGGAGGGCCUGCAGACCUGAGUGGAGAGCUGAGGCGAGGCGACCAGAUCUUAUCGGUAAAUGGCAUUGACCUACGAGGAGCCACACAUGAACAAGCAGCAGCAGCCCUGAAGGGAGCUGGACAGGUGGUCACCAUCUUUGCCCAGUACAGACCAGAAGAACUUGCUCUAUGCUCACCGCGACGGGCCCGCUCUCCUGCACCAGAGUACGGGCGUUUUGAGGCCAAAAUCCACGACCUGCGGGAACAGAUGAUGAACCACAGCAUGAGCUCUGGCUCAGGAUCCCUGCGAACCAAUCAGAAGAGAUCGCUCUAUGUCAGAGCACUGUUUGACUAUGAAAAGUCAAAGGACAGCGGCCUCCCCAGCCAAGGGCUCAGCUUCAGGUAUGGAGACAUCCUCCACGUCAUCAACGCCUCAGAUGAUGAGUGGUGGCAGGCCCGUCGUGUCACCCCGCACGGGGACAGUGAGGAGAUGGGUGUCAUCCCCAGCAAGAGACGGGUGGAGAGGAAAGAGCGAGCGCGUCUAAAGACUGUGAAGUUCAAUGCCAAGCCGGGGUCAUUGGAUUCAAAAGGGUCAUUCAAUGACAAACGUAAAAAGAAUUUCAUCUUUACGCGAAAGUUCCCAUUCUACAAGAACAAAGAGGGUGAGCAGGAUGGCAGUGAUUCGGACCGGAGUCAAGACGAUUUCAUUCUUUCAUAUGAACCUGUGAUGCGGCAAGAAAUUCAUUAUGCCAGACCCGUCAUAAUCCUGGGCCCAAUGAAGGACAGAAUCAAUGAUGAUCUGAUAUCAGUUCCAGACAAGUUUGGUUCUUGUGUGCCGCAUACCACUCGACAGAAGAGGGACUACGAGGUGGACGGUCGAGACUACCACUUUGUGAUUUCCAGAGAGCAGAUGGAGAAGGACAUCCAAGACCACAAGUUCAUUGAGGCGGGACAGUACAAUGAUAAUCUCUUGGAAACGAGUGUCCAGUCUGUGCAAUAUGUUGCUGAAAGGGGGAAACACUGCAUUCUGGAUGUGUCUGGAAACGCCAUCAAACGACUACAAGUAGCACAACUCUAUCCCAUCGCCAUCUUCAUAAAACCUAAGUCCAUUGAUUCAUUAAUGGACAUGAAUAAGAGACUGACAGAGGAACAAGCCAAGAAGACGUUUGACAGGGCGAUGAAGCUGGAGCAGGAGUUUGGUGAAUUCUUCACAGCCCUGGUUCAAGGAGACACCUUAGAGGACAUUUAUAGCCACUGCAAACAGGUGAUAGAGGAACAUUCAGGACCCUAUAUCUGGAUCCCCUCCAAGGAGAAACUAUAAUAACUCAUCAACAUGGAAGGGAGCCUGGACUGCUAGAGACGAGUGAUACGUUUGUUGUAACAUAUGAUAACUGUAUGGCGAUGAAUUCAUAAAUAACUAUUGUGUUAUAUGUUUCAUGUGUUGUUGUUUUUUUCACUUUUGUUUGGUAACUGCUUCUUUCACUCAACACGAAUGUUCCUGAAUGUAUUCCACAAAGUGUUAGAGAGUUUUAGGUCUUGAAACAUGAACGUUUGUAUGUGUGUUGAUUUUGAUUUGAACAGAGAGGAAAAUAAAUGGGAUGAAAGCUAAGUAAAUGUGGGGAGUGUAGGAGCUGGAGGUGGGGUAUCGUGCAGGCGUCUUUGCUUUGCUAACAUUAGACGGAAAGUAGGUAUUCCAACUGACGCACCCUCCCCUUCCCUUCACACUGCAACAACUAGCAAAGAAUCAUACAAGGUUUAAUGUGUUGUCUAAUUGUGGGUCUACGCAUCCCCUGAACACAGCUUAACUUUGUGUUUGUUUACAGCUUAUUUUCCUUCUUGGAUUACUGUAUUUAUUUCUCUGACAUGAUGUUGAGGAUAUGUGAAGAAAAUGUUUUGUUUGCUGUAAAACUUUCAUGAGUUUUUUUUAAUUUUUAUUUAAAAGCACAUCACUCAUCCAGCUGUUGCAUUGACAAUGAUUAAAGGGAGAAAGCUGCUAUUGGCAACGGAGAUGUAACACUAUAUUUUGCUACUUAAAUUGCUGGGGGGCACAAAAGCACAGAAUUAUUUAUUACUGAAACAAACUUUGAUUAAAAGGUCAUUUACAGAGCAUGUUUUAUUUGAUUGAUGUAGUUGUAUGUCGGGACUGUGUUAGGGUGGAUGGGAACAUUGUGGUGAAAGAGACAUUUCAUUAGAUUUGUAGUGGAAAGGG